AUGGGUUGGGUGCUAAAAGAGAAGAAUAAUGGUGGAGGAAGACAAACACUUGUAUGUGAAGAUGGAUCUGGGUAUUUUACAAUCAAAAUGCACCAUGGAGGUAUGGUGAGGUAUAUUCCACAGAGGGUUUACAGUGGUGGUAUGGUAAGUCAUUUUGACUUUUGUCAUUCAGAUCAAAUUUCCAUUACAAAGUUGUGUUACAUGGCUAAGGAAUUAGGACAUAUGCCAUGUAAUAACUAUUACAGUAAGGUUAGUGGUUAUGGUGGGAUGGAGUUACUAAAAUCUGAUGCUGAUGUAUUGGUGUUAGACACAUAUGUGGAUGAAAAUAGAGUAAUAGAUGUUUAUAUAGGACACAAUUUGGAUGAUUAUGUAAGUACACAAAGUAGUCAAGUAGGCUCAAGUGUAGAAACAAGUAAGGGUAAGGGGAUAAUGCUUGACGUUGAAUUGGAGGGAGAUGAAGAUAGUGAUGCCUAUGAUCCUAACCAGUCAGACUCAUCCUUUGAUAAGUCUAAAAAAUAUAAUGACACUGACUAUAAGCAAGGUGAUAAUGAUGAUUUAUAUGAUAAACAUGUUGACAAAGAUGUGGAAUUUGGUGGUUUAGGAAGUAGUAAGGAUGCUAUGGGUGAUAUGGCUAACAAUGAUGACCUACAAAGCAUGGACAACUCAUUUGAUAAGCUAAGAAGCCUUCAUAGCUCCUUUGAUGAAGAUAGUCAUUACACUAGGAUUAAGUACCCUAUUUUCAGUGAGAGCGACAUGCAUAAUCCUACAUUCCAACUUGGCAUGGAGUUCAAAACAAAUGUGUUGUUUAGAGAUUCUGUGAAGGAGUAUACUAUUAAGUGGGAAAAACAAAUCACAUUCACUAAGAGUGACAAACAGAGGGUUAGGGCAGAGUGCAAACCUAGUUAUCCAUGGGUUUGCUAUGCUUCUUUUGUAAAGGGUGAAGAGGUGUUCAGGAUCAAAACUUUUGUAGAUGAACACACAUGUAACAGAACAUUUGAUGUGCCCCAUGUGAUUAGUAGAUGGAUUGUCAAUAAGUAUUGGGAAAAGAUUAGGUCAAACCCUACCUGGCCAAUUAAGUCAUUGGCAAACACCAUUACAACAGAGCACAAUGUCAAAGUUGACUUGCAGAAAGUGAGAAGGGCAAAAAUUAAGGCUCUCACAAUGAUUAAGGAAGAGAUUAGAAGUAGUAAUCCAGGAACAACAAUUUCCAUGAAGGUGAAAGAAGUUCCAAAAGUUCAUGAAGAGGAUGAGCAAAUGUCCAAGUUUAAGAGAUUGUAUUUGUGUUGGGGUCUAUUGAAGAAGAGUUUCCAAAAUACUUGUAGGCCAGUCAUUGGAGUGGAUGUUUGUCAUUUGAAGGGGCCACAUAGUGGAGUGUUGUUGAUUGCAGUGGGGAUAGAUGCAAAUAAUUGUAUAUUCCCAUUUGCCUAUGCCAUUGUUGAGAAUGAGAUGAACAAAACAUGGUUGCGGUUUCUGAAUUUGUUGGGGCAAGACUUGAAUAUUGUGAAUUCUCAUUGUUACACUUUCAUGAGUGACAAACGGAAUGGCCUAAUUGAUGCAGUGGCUGAGCUUUUUCCAAAUGCCUCACACAGGUUCUGUGUAAGGCAUUUGUACAACAAUUCCAAGAGUCAAUUUAAGGGUAGGGUAUUGAAGGAUUUGUUAUGGAAGGCAACCAGGACAAGCACUGUUGGUGUAUUCACCAAAGUUAUGGAAGAAAUGAAAGGAGUUGAUGAACAAGCAUACAAUUGGUUGUCUAGAAGAGCCCCAAUCCAUUGGAGUAGGAGUCACUUCUUCAGUUUCCCCAAGUGCGACAUUUUGUUGAAUAAUCUUUGUGAGUGUUUCAAUGCAAGCAUAUUGCAGGCUAGGGAUCAACUUGUGUUGUCCAUGUUAGAGAAUAUAAGAGUUUUGUUGAUGGGAGCAGUUAAAAAAAGAAAUGAAGCAAUGAAAAUGUAUAACAAAAGUGAUAUAUGUCCUAAGAUUCAGAAGAUUUUGGAAAAGGUAAAGGUGAGUGCAGCUGGAUGGAUUCCUAGAUGGAAUGGGGGUUCCCAAUAUGAAGUUGUUGGCCCAUAUGGUGAGCAAUAUAAGGUGGACUUCAAAGAAUGGACUUGUGGAUGUAGGAAAUGGGAUCUGUCAGGCCUUCCUUGUGUCCAUGUUGUGGUUGCUACAAACUAUAUGGGUGAAGAACCAGAAAAUUAUGUACAUCAUUACUAUAAACUUGAAACCUGCCUGAGGAUUUAUGAGAACAUGUUGACUCCAAUCAAUGGUAGACAAAUGUGGCCAACAACUCAAUAUGGUAAAGUGCUACCACCUGAUGUGAAUAAGAGAGCUGGGAGGCCAAGACUGAAUAAGAGGACGGACACAGAUGUCCCAAUUGAUGCAACUGAUUCAAGUAAGCUGGGAAAGAGGGGAACUCAGAUGACAUGCAAGAAUUGUGGCAAGUUGGGACACAACAAGAGGACAUGCAAAGUCAAAGGCCAAUUCACCUACCUAAAAGAUCCUUCCCAGCAUGAAGGAAGCCAAUGUCAGGUCCAGACUGAAGGGAGCCAAACUCAAAGUCAGGUGAAAAAGAAAAAGGUUAUGAGAACAAGUGACUCAACUUCAUUGCAUGCAAGUCAGGAUGUGCAGGGGUCUGCAGUAACUUCCAAUACUAACAUUCCUCUGCAAGCUCAAAUGAGAUGGAAAGGAAGAGUGGUGUACAAUGUUAGUGUUGUCAAAUCUGUUGUGGGUCAAACCAAGAAUGCAACUAACACAAAGUAA